GCGUCAUCACCGGCAGCACCGGCAGUCGGCGGAUCGGCGCGUCCCGUGUGUCUGGCCCAGUGUGUGUACAGUGCACGCAUCAGCUGCAUCAGUAUAUAAUACCGUCGUCGUCGCGUCGUCUUGCGCACCCGUACACUCACGUCGCGUCCUGCACUCGCGCGGUCUGUACGGCCGUCACGCGCCCGAGGCCCAUACCGCGGUAACUGCGGUACGCACGCCGUCGUAUUCGUCUCACGCACUCCCCGGGACACGGUACGACGGAUCAUCAUCGCAUACACCGACGUCGUGCGUGGUCACUGGUACGCCGUUACGAGUACGCCGCCCGGGCGUCGCCGACGACAAACGCCGUGAGCCAGACGCCGCCGUCAUGACGCCCGUCAUCAAUUCGACGACGUUGGCAACCGUGCCGCUAGCGUGACAUGGACAAACGUGCAGAACACGUGAGGAAAUUGCCUCCGUUGGCCUCGUCCGAAGAUCUCAGUGAGGAUUUAUUAGACAGCCCGGAAGCUGACGCCAGAAACAAAUGUUUGGAAGACAUCGAGGAAGUGCCGAACACGCCGGCCAAAGCGUCGAGACAACAGACGAUAUGUUUGGCAAUGCCAAACACCCCAAGGAUAGACAUCUCUCGAGCCAGCAGUUCUUCACAUCACGACGACAGUAGUCCCGAAAGAGAUUUGUUUGUUGAUGCUGACGGGAAAUCGGUUGAAUCUGUUAAAUCUGGUCUAGGAUAUACGGAAGAGAUUAUACCUGAUCUCCAUAGCAGUACUGAAGAAUUAAACUUUCACGAUUUAACUGAAUCGGAAAUCAGAAGGCGGCGUUCAAAACUGCAGCCUCAAUACGCGGUUUCUGACGCUACUAUGGAUACAGAUUUUGCUGCUGAUCGAAGAGAUACAGCUAGCGAAUCCGGUUUUCUGUGCAUUAGUGGACGUAGUAGCAGAGUUUCUUCAGUAGGAUCAGUACACUCUACUGCCUCCAUAGCUUCUGCAGCAUCACGUUUGUCUGCUGCAUCGAAUUAUUCCAGAGCUUCCCGAGGUUCAUCGCCACAUAGAGUUCUCUUGGAGACAUCAUUUUGUGGUCCAAAAUCACCUGAACACUUUGCCAAUCGUCAACUAAUUCCUAUCAACGACGAAGACGACGAUCUAAGUGAACCAACUGUCAGGCCAAAAUUAGCAGAUAUUGAAACUCAGACAGAACGAAGACCAAAAAAAGUACACGUAGAAUCUGUCAAAAAAGAAAUAAAAAACGAUCAAAUUAAAGCAAAAGUAAAGAAAACAACAAAAUCAAAAGAAACGAAAGAGGUUAAAGAAAUAAAAGUUACAAAAGAACUGGCCAUGGAAAACGAAUCAAAAGAAAGGAAAACAAAAACAAAACCUACUUCAAAAGUAAAAGUUGUUCUCGAUAAUCCAAAAACACAAAAAUUUGUACCAUUAGACAGUCUUGAUGACGACGAUAUAGAAAUAAUUCAGGGUAAUGCACCGAAACAAGUCCCCACAGCUAUACCAAGAGAAAAUGCAUCAUCUCGUCCGAAAGUAGCUACGGGAGAAAAUCAAAUAUACAUUCCAUUAAACCCUGAUCCAUCAGAACAAGGAUCUAUAAAUCCUACUAGUCCUAAACGAUUAAAGCCAUUUACAAAUCGAACAUUGGUAGAUUUUAUCAAUAGGGAUCCGGCUACUAUUGAAUCUUCUAAAAGGAUACGGAGACCAAUUAGGUCAGGUUCUCCGGGAAUCAGAGAAGAAUUUAAAAAAUUCAUAUCAAGCGCAGAUGAAGAAGCUGAUGGAGCUCCAAUACAGCCUGUUAAGUUAAGAAAACAGAUGAGUAUUGAAAUGACUAAACGGAAGUCUAUAGACCAAGAUUGCUCUUCCAGAUCCAUGUCACCAUCAAUAUUUGAAGAAUUUCAAAAGUUUAUUUCUGAACCAGAAGAUGGAGAUCUAAAUAUUACAAAACUUGAAACAAAAAAUCGUUGCUCAGCCAUUUCCAUUACGAGCCGUGAAGUUCAAUCUGUAGUUGGGUCGGGGCUAACAGAUAGUCCGAAUCUCGGAAGAUCUUUAUCUCCAUCUAUACACGAGGAAUUUCAUAAAUUUAUGGCACAACCAGACGACGAAGAAAAAGGUAUCAUACAUAAAACAUUACCUCACACAGCAUAUAAAAAUCCUAUUGAAGGUAGCCCUUCAUUGUCAACUUCGAGUAACAUUCGUUCGAUCUCACCAAGUAUUUACGAAGAGUUCCAAAAAUUCAUUGUAGAACCAGAAGGUAAUGAUGAUCUACUACCACCACCACCACCAAGAAAACACGAUAAUGAUUUACAUCCAGAUGAAGCUCCUUGUAGUAGAUCAGUAAGUCCAGGAAUUCUAGAUGAGUUUCAAAAGUUUAUAAGUGAACCAGAUGACGAUUCGUCAGGUAGAAAAAUAUGUGAUCCUGCACCACCCGCAAAAAGUCAGCAAAUGAUUAAAGUCCAAGUGCAUUGUACACCAGGAAGUCCGCCACCAGAACAAAUAGUCAUAAAAAAUUCAGGAAGACCUAAAUCUGAUGAUCUAGUGAAAAUCAUACCACUUAAAAGCGAAGACGAAGAUUCAGAUCAGCUACAAUCUGUCUCUUCAUCGCAAGCUCAGAUCCUCAGGAGGCGUUCCGAGUCUUCCAAGGAAGCCAGACCGAAAACCGGUACAAUGGAUAAAUCUAAGGACCGUAGAGGAUCAAGUCGUUCGCUGUUGGGAUCACUUCUACAACGAGCUAGCAGUUUUAGAAGUAUUAACAAGAAAUCUCCAAAACGAUCUAGUGUGUCGGAGUUUGUUGAUAUUGAUCCAAAAUUUACUAACGUAGAGUUCAAAUUUAAUCAAGAUAUGGAAAAGGAUACGGUUAUAAUUCCAUUGCACUCCCCUGAUGAUAGUUUUGAUGAACUCGUUGUUAGUGAAUCAAAUUCAAACAUCACAAGGGCAGUUGUUCAUGUUUCAUAUGAACCUAAGCAAGAAGAAAUAGAAACCGUAUCUGAUAAAAAACUAGUCGACGAUUUGGUAGCACACCAAAACAAAGUGCUAAUAGAAUCAAUUGACAAAGUUAAUGUUGUCGAUGAUACCGUUAAAAAUACUCAAAUCAUGAAAGACGAUAUUUGGAAUAGUAACGAAAGUGGUGAUGUCAAAAUUACAAACAGUUUAGUGAAACUUGAAGAGUCAUCUUUAUCACCCGGGUUCAGUAGAUCACAAGAUCCAGUGCACUCAGCCAACAGCAACGAUACAUCACCAGACUCAGAAGUUAUGUCAUCCCUUUCGAUUGCUGCCACCGAAGAAGAAAAGAAGAAAUUAUUCAGCCACCCGAAUUCGGUGGAAGAAGAAUUGCCGCACGUUCCAACAACACUUCCGCAAGAAAGAUCGGUGGCUGUGCCAAUUAUACCUGUCAAGCAUCGAAUCGCUGAAACGAAGACUUGUUCAUUAGAUAGGCCGACUCCCCGAUGCAGCACACCCAGUGCCACAGAUUUGCCUUCGGGAUUAGGAAAUUACGCCAUCGCAGCUGCAUUCGAAGACCCACCGGUCGUCACCAGCAAAAUACAGAUCAUACUACCGAAAUUCAAUAAACCCACAACCACCGUCCAAACACCGACUACCGAUCCACCGAGGCGUCGUCGGGCCCGCAGCGUGAACGUGCCGAUGAGCUGUUCGCGGGGCCGCUGGGUGGACUUUGAUAACGACGACGACGGCUUCAGGCGCGGCGGCGAGGCAGCGUUCAAGCCUAGGUCGCCCAAGAAGAUCACCGUUCUGCCCAUGUCCAUGAGACCCCGCCGUCGAUCUUCGUCCACCAACGCGGACCACAACCGUUGCGGGUGUGACUGUCACUUCCACGGCGGGCACGACACAUGGCCCGCGGUGACCAGGAACAGGAGCGACACGACUUAAACAAAACCCAAAAAACAACGUCUAAAAAAAUAAUCGUCGUCGUCGUUCCUCGCCCGACGAUAAAUUAUGAGUAUAGUGAACGACAGACCCUUUCGUCGUUUUCCAUCUCAGGAUUCGCCUCGGUGAUAAUGAUAAUGAUAAUAUUAUAUUAUAAUUUAUAAUUUACUGUUAUGAAAUAUUGUUUAUUUACUGUUAAUAUAUUAAUAAUUGCGAUGUGUUAUAUUAUUCAUAUACCUACGUCGAAACGAUAUUUUAUAAUAGGUUUAUUAUUUACGCAUAUUAUAUUAUGUACCCGUCUAAUUAUUAUAAUUAUGUUACACUAUGUAUGAAAAUAUAAUAUACGUAUAUACAUAUACAUACUAGCUGCGCCGUGCAAGUUCUACAUAAUAUUGUAAUAGAAAAAGAAACUUAAACUGCAGAGUAGGUGUUCGACCAUAGGCGACAAAAAUCGUGCUCACGAUACGAAAUUCUGUAUAAAAAAAAAUUGAAAUAAUAAAUUGAAAAAUAACAGUUAAAUAUUACGCACUGCCAUUCUUUAAAGAAAAAAAAUGAGCUGACGAUGGUUGUUGUACACCUACGUACGAUGGAACAAUCUACACUAUACGUUUAUAAAAUCGUCCUUUGGCCACUUUUUCACUUUCCAUUUUUAAAAUAAUACUAUACAUAUUAUAAUGUAACGAUAUUCUUACGGUAACGAUUUAAAAAUAUUCUAUUUAUUCAUUUUCAUAGACGUUUUAUUGUUAUUAUAAUAUUAUACUAUUAAUUAUUAUUACACAUGUGACAUUGUAUUCUGCGUGGAUAGAUGUGUUAAAAGUUCCUCUGAGGCCAACUCUGGCGAUAAUCAUUAUAUACUUUUAUUCUACAAAUCGAUAUAACGUACUACGCGUAAAUAUUGCAAAUAAUUAUACCGUACAAUAUUAUUGAACAAUUUGCAUGCGGUUAAACUCGAUAUUCCCAACAUUUUAUGAAUCUAUAUUCUAUAAUUAUUUAAUAAGUCAUAAUUAUUAUUAUUAUUAUUAUUAUUAUUAUUAUUAUAUUAUUAUUAUUAAAUAAGUUAAUAUUAUAAUAAAUCGUACGUUUAUACCAGAGUUUUUACUCUGGUAAACUGCGUGACUUGAAUGACCAAAGAUUCCAAUUAACAUAGUAUUAUUAUAGUAGGUACGUGAUGAGGGGCCAAUUUUGGUCAAGGAACUUUUUCACGCAAGUAAUUUUUUUUUUUUUUUAGAAUCUUUUAACAUGUUUUAGCAAAAAUUACACAUCUAAGUGUUAAAUAUAUUUAUUAUUAUUAUAAUUUAUUGUUAAGUUUUAAAUUCUAGAUGUUUUAGACCAAAUAAAUAGAAUUAAAAACGUUGAAUAGGCUAUAUAGGAAAUCAUUGUUGUUCCACAGACAAUGCAAAUAUUAUGUUUCUCAAAUAUUUUUAGACCAUAAUUUUUCCACUUGGAUAACUUUGUUCACUUAAUAAUUUAGUUGUUAAGAUUGAACUAUAAAAUGAGCAAUUUUUUUUUUAUUAAUGCAGAGUAAUGACAAUACUAUACGUAUUGAUUAAUAAUGCAAUUUAGCGAAAUAAAAUGCUAAAAUAACUAAUUUGGCUCAUUCUUAAAUUGUAUUUUAUAUUGUUUCAUUUUUUUUUUUUCAAAACAGAUGAUUAUUGCAUGAAAUUAAGUCUAUUUAACGUACGUGAUUAAAUGUACGACUGAUUUGUUUCUAAUUUUUAACCCUAUUGUACAUGGAAAAACAUGUUAUUUUAUACUGUUGUUAUUUGUGUAUUAUGUAUGAAAGAGAUUACUAUUAAAGCGAAAACAAUUUA